AUGGCUACAACCAGGCCUUCUAAUGUCAGGCUGCUUAAUGCUUCGUCUUUUAUCCGACAGGUCGAUCCUGACUUGCACAGCGUGGAAAGCAUUACGCAUGCUAUUCGACAAGUGACUCUGGCAACCUUCGAGACUAGCGAAGCCGAAGCAUAUUUCGACAUCGACGAACACUUUCCAUUCUGGCAUGAAACAGGCCGUAGUAUCUAUAUACGUAAAGUUGGAUCACUGGCGCAAUCCAUUGAGCUUUUCCGCAGGGCCUCUGAGACUGCGAUCGAGGACCCUUACCAGUUUCUUACGAAUCCACUCCGGUCGAUCUAUGAGAUGCUUACUACGGUCUCAUUAGCCAACAUCAGCAUUGAUCCCUGCCUCCGUGGUCACAUAUUCAGGUUCUUGGUCAGUUACUUCGCGACCAAGUUUACAGAAAACAACGCAUUGAACGUCGUCGCUUCGCAUCUUUCCAAGCAUCUUGAGCGAUCUGAGGUUUCUGAUACGGCAUUACUAUGCAUGUUGCAGGAACUGAACGCCAAACUGGGGCCAACGCACCCCAUAUGCUUCAGAGCACAAUCAGCCAACGUCAGGCUGCUUCGCAGGAAACGGGACUAUGAGAGCGCAUACCACGCCGGGUAUGAACUUCUCAAGCUCGCGCGUACUCACUUCGGCGUGCACUCGGAGAAUGCGAGGAGAGCAGCAAGGGAAUUCGAGAAUGUCCUUAUGGAGUUGGGGGAAUGGGCAGAAGCCUUAUCCAUAUGUUUCUCCGUGGUUGGACAAGAAAUAGAAGACGUUGGCAAGGCAAAGCCGGCGUAUAGAGACAAAUGUGCAAUUUAUGUGAUGCAGGAUAUCGCGAAAUGCUAUCAGAAUCUGGGCCAGGUAGAGAAAAUGAUGAGCUGGCUGCAGCAAGCGUUGAACGCGAGUGUACACGAAUGGGGCGAAGAUGCGUCGGUCACUCAGCAUAUCAGGGAUAAGUUUGUGGCAGUGGCCCAAGGUGGUGUGGUGGGAUGGUAA